AUGGCCGAGGUGGGCGGCUUCCUGGGCGCCCUGGACCCCGACCUGCACGGCUUUCCCCCCGGGCUGGGCGGCGGGCUGCCCCUCGCCGACUCCCCCGGUUUCCUCAACGAACGCCUGGGGCAGAUCGAGGGGAGGCUGCAGCGAGGCUCUCCCACCGACUUCGCUCACCUCAAGGGCAUCCUGAGGCGGCGGCAGCUCUACUGCCGCACCGGCUUCCACCUGGAGAUCUUCCCCAACGGAACGGUGCACGGCACCCGGCAGGACCACAGCCGCUUCGGGAUUUUGGAGUUUAUCAGUCUGGCAGUGGGGCUGGUAAGCAUCCGUGGGGUGGACUCCGGGCUCUACCUGGGCAUGAACGAGAGAGGAGAGCUGUAUGGGUCGAAGAAGCUGACGCGGGAGUGCGUUUUCCGGGAGCAGUUUGAGGAGAAUUGGUACAACACCUACGCCUCCACCCUCUACAAACACCCUGACUCUGAGAGGCAUUACUACGUGGCUCUCAACAAGGACGGCUCCCCCCGGGAGGGGUACAGGACUAAGAGACAUCAGAAAUUCACUCAUUUUUUACCCAGGCCUGUGGACCCUGCCAAAAUCCCUGCCAUGUACAGAGACCUCUUCCACUACAGGUGAUGUUUCCUGCACCUGCCCCGUCACUGUACAUACCUGGGCUCCCAAGCUUUGUUUUUGGGUUGUUUUUUUGUUUUGUUUUGUUUGUUUUGUUUGUUUUGUUUGUUUCCCAGAGCACUAAUUAUUAUUACUAAUCAUUCCAUCGAUCCUGUAAGCUGACGUGCCAUAGGAAAACACUUACAGGGAAUCCAGACACUGCUGUUCCUCCUUGUUUCAAGCGUAUAUCGAACCCUGGGUUAUUUAUGGGGGUGGGGGUAGGGGAUGGGAGGGAGCCCCAUGUAUAAUCUUUGCCUUUUCCUUCACUUUCUUUACCUGGUUGCUAUGAUGGAGGCCGAAUAUUCAAUGUUAUGGUUGCUUAAAGGAACAAGAGCAAAACAGGUCACCUGGGGGGAAAACAGAACUGAAAUCAAGAGAAGGAAAGAAAAUGAAAAGAGCACAGAAGCACUGCAGAUGUUGCUGCUAAGCUGGGGAUGGUUACCUGAAAAA